AUGUUUAGAAUAACUUCUAAGAUGACACUAUGUGGAGAAAAAGUAACUGAUGAAGAUAUGUUAGAAAAAGCAUUUUCCACUUUUCAUGCAUCCAAUAUGCGCCUGCAGCAACAAUAUCGAGAAAAAGGAUUUAAUAAAUAUUCUGACCUAAUAUCUUGUCUUCUUGUGGCUGAGCAAAAUAAUGAACUAUUGAUGAGAAAUCACGAGGAUCGUCCCACUGGUACAACUCUAUUUCCAGAAGUGAAUGUGGUAAUGCACGAUCAUUAUGGGAAAAACCAUGUUCGCGGUCGUGCAUGCCCACAUGGUCGUGGUCGUAAUUAUGCUCAUGGUCUUGGUUUUGAUCAUAGUCGCAAUGAUAUUGGUGACUUCUUUGCUGAUCCAGAUGGAAAAAUUGAUCACCUUAUUGGAGAUGGAAGUGUCGAGAAAUAA